AUGCGGGAUUUUAUCGGUGAUGAAUCAGGAGGUGAGGGCAGUGAUACGUGCUACAGAGAAGGCUGUGACGAUAGAAUUGAAGCUGUUAUCGAGGAUGAAACUGAUGCGACUACGGAGAUGGGUAGCAAUAAUACACGAUCCAAUACGAAUGAUGCCUUGGAUGGGCUUGAAGCACUGCAGAGAAGUUAUGAAAAUAGGCUUCUUGAAGGUACUGCUAUAGGCAGUUUGCAUGAGGUGCAUAAGCUAUAUUGUGAUUAUGCCAUUUUGAUGGGAUUUUCAGUGCGCAAAGGUACUCAAGGUUAUUUCAAGCCGACUAUCAACCUUCGAAUGAAGAUGUAUCUUUGUUCAUGCGCAGGACCCCCAGAUAACAAGUCGUCCGAGGGUAGAUUAGCCGCGUACAAAAAACAGACGUAUAGGAGUAAUUGUAAUGCAAUGCUCCGUGUUGCACAUGUCAAUGUUGAGGCACCGUGGAUAAUUACGACAUUUGUGAAGCAACAUAACCACAAGUUGGUUAAUCCUUCCCAGAGUUACUUGUUGCGAUCGGCCCAUAACAUGUCACGGCAGCAGAAGAGGUUGCUUAUUUCUAUGCGGGCAAGUGGGAUUGGUGUUAGCCGGGCCUAUCUUUUUUUGGAAAAUGAAGCAGAAAGCCGACAAAACAUAGGAUUCAUACGAAAAUAUGUGUACAACGAAUUACAUUCGGAUAGCCGAAAUGCGUCGAAGGUUGACAAUGCAGAUGCUAAUAAAUUGUUGGAGAUUUUGAUCGAUAGGGGAUUGAGCGACCAUUCCUUCUAUUGGAAGGUAAAGUUAAAGGACGAUGGGAGGCUUAAAAAUCUCUUCUUUCGCGAUACCUGGUGUUUGAUCGACUGUCAGCAUUUUGAUGAUGUUUUAUCCGUUGAUGCAACUUACAAGACGAACAAGUACAACUUGAUAUGUGUUCCAAUGGUCGACAUCAAUCAUCAUCGUAUGAAUGUAUUGUUUGGACUUUCUUUCUUGUCAAAUGAGAAAGCAGUGUCGUAUGAGUGGUUAUUUAGUACCUUUCUGCAAGCAAUGUAUCACAAAGAGCCCUCCAUUGUAUUCUCCGACCAAGACAUGGCUGUUGUGAAUGCUAUGGACUCGACUUUUCGGCAAGCAUCACAUAGGCUUUGUCAAUGA